AUGGGAGAGAAACGAAACAUGCCGGGCAAUUUGAACCAUUCGUCCAAGCGCAGAAAAGGUGGCCCUGGAAAGCCAUGGCAGCAACCUCGCAAAGGUGCCAUUGAAAGUGGUGAAUGGGGUGUAUUUGUGACCUGUGAUAUGGGCAGAGAGUCGAAAUGCAUCCGCGAGACCUUAGACGUCUUCUCCCAGAACGUCGAAGACGCUGCCGAACAGAAGGAUGAUGAUGAGGACGAUGGCGAUGAGGACGACGAUGAUAUCGAAGCCCAGAUCCGACGGGAGAUUGAAGGCUUGCAAACAAGCAAGACAAAAUCACGCCCAUUUUCUGCCACACAGCUCGAUAUACCAUGUGUUACCUUUGUCCGACUUGAUAAGUCAAUAGAGCCUGUAGAGCUGGUUCACCGUUUGUGUACAGAAGCACAAGCGAACCCAGAGAAGAAGAGCAGCAGAUACAUUAAACGCAUGACGCCUGUUACUGAGAUUCGAAAGACUCUCAGUGUGGAUCUAGAAGCUUUCGCAAGAGAGAUUCUUAAACCUCAUUUCCAUUCCGGAGGUCCGCCGAAGAAGUAUGCCAUUCUACCUACUCUCAGAGGAAAUGAUAAGUUCAAGCGAGACCCUGUUAUCAAGACAAUCGCCGAUGUUGUUGGUCCUGAACACCCGGUUGAUCUGAAGAACUACGAUCUCAUGAUCCUGGUUACUGUUGUGCAGAAUGUUAUCGGUAUGAGCGUUGUAGGAAGCGACUAUGAUAAACUAAAGCGGUAUAAUUUGGCUGAAAUCUAUGAUCCAUCACCAAAACCUACUGCAGAGACCAAGUCUUAG